AUGUUCUUCCGGAACUCCGGUGGAACGGUCAGCCUUUCCUCGAAAGACAGCGCAAACAUUGGCAUCGUUUCAGCGCAGAAUAUCAUGCAAGAUACCGAUCAUUUUCAAGGCAGUGAUCUUCCAAACAUGGAUGUAAUGGAAGAUAAAGCGGAACUCUCAGCUAUACCAUCUACCGGGAUAGGAGAAAUUAUCACGCCUUUCUGGGGUGACUUAGCGGAGCUGCAGACGUUGAGAGACGAUAUUGAUUGGUUGUUUGAACCGCUACAAGAAAUACCUACGUUGUCUGCACCAAAGCCAUCAGAAUGUGACAUCAGCUUACCAAAUUUCGAUUUUCCUACCAUGUGGCAGGCAGAGCCUAUUCUCCUGGACGACGUUAACGAAAAUGAGCAUAGAAGCCCUGCGGAUAUAGCUGAAUGGAGCUUAGCGCAUUCGAAUCUUUUAAUGGCUUUGAAUCAGUUUGACACGAACAUCUUGCAGUCUCCGUUCUUUGAAGUCGACAAUCUCAAGAUGUUCCACGACUUGUACUUCCAUCAUUACCACCCACAUUUUCCUAUUUUUCACCGACCCACUCUUAUAAUUUCCGAGGUUGAACCCCUCCUCCUCAUCACUCUUCUGACAUUGGGCUCUACUAUGGCAAAAGAUUCCAAGUUGUAUGAGCUGGAGUGGAUCUUUUUCUCCUCCGAUUCCACUUUGGUGCCUGCAGGCAUUGCUCAUGAUUCAGGCUCACGGCAAGAUGAAGUCAUCGCGCAAAAACUACGAAAUGGCACAUGUAUUCCAUGGAGCUAUACUGACCAUGAUGAAACGGGGCAGCAUCUAUCCAACCACCUCUAUAAUCCGCCCUUGCAACCAGAUAGUUGA